AGCUCUGGCAACUUGCCUUCUAUUGAAGAAAUUGUAAACAAAAACAAACAAAUUUGAGAAUACAGCGUCUAGUUGGGAAUCGGUCAAAACUAUAAUUUUUUUGUAGAAAACAUCUUCGAAAUGUCAAGUAAUUUUCGUUACUCAGUUGUCAAAACUAUAAGACCAUAUGUAAAAUAUUUUCCUCAACUAACAAAACCCGUGAUGAGGGUCCUUAUUCAGGUGUCGGUCCAUUAUAUUGAAAGCAGCAAAUGUUCACCGGAAGUUCUGGAUUUAGCAUUAAAUAAACUUACUCAUGCUGGACAUAACAUUCCCGACAAUUUCUGCGAACUUUUCGCUGCUGUUUUACAAAUAAUGCAAAUAUUUUUACGCACCCCUAAGGGCACUGUCAAGCCGGAAGAAUUAAGAGAUUGUUUAAAGGAGGAUCUAAGAUUUAGCGACGAUUGCAUAGAUGACUUAACAAAAGUUUUACACAAUCAUCGUUUUUCACUUACAAAAAAUUUUGUUGAAGCAAAAAUGAUACGUUCCUGUGCCAAAAACUUGCAAUGGCGUAUCAAUAUAUCAUUACAUCAGAGACUGUCGCGUGGUCCAUCUGCUGUCACACCAACAAUAAUUUUGCACUUUCAGUUAUCAGAUGGGCGCUAUCGUACUCUUGAACUACCGUUAUCAAUGUUUCAUCGUUUACGUUACAAUGUGGCCGUUUUACUUAGUGAAAUCCAGGCUCUAGAACAGCGUGCAGUAAUGAAAAAAUUCUAAGAAUGUUUCAUGGAAAGCUUUAUUAAGAUUACUUACAUAAUUUUAUAAGUGUCUCAUACAGAAAGAUAUACACAUAUAUGUAGUUGUAAUGCUGUUAUAGUAUCAUAUCGUUACCAAAAAUAUAAAUAGCUCUAAUUAAUACUAAUAAUUUUGUAGGAAUUACGAUAUAUAUUUUCGCUACAAUAUUUUCGGCUUCUAAUGUGGUAUUCUUGAACGUUAAUAAGAGCUUUGCAUAAUUACAAUUAAAACGAUAUAUUAAAUAUAUUCCUAUAAGUAUCAAGUUAUUUAAGAUGUACAAUGUUAUAAAUACUACAGAGUGGAUGUUUUUCUUAGAAAUGAUUAAAAGCGAUUAAAAUAUA